AUGAGUUUGGCGAGUGAUUCUCCAGUGCAUUCCUCUGGUAGUGAUUGUGAUGAUCUUGCCGCCUUCCUUGAAACUGAGCUGGAGUCUGACUCAGAAGAAUCACAGGAUGAUGCUCAAGUUGCCGAUCAUAGGUUGAAGAGACGAAAGCUUGAGCAUAUAGAAACUGUAGAUCAAGUGGGGAUUGAAGCUGUGGAUUCUCUGGCUGAAGCGUCUUCAGGCAAUGGAGCAUGCAAACACCCUGGUUCCUAUGAAAACAUGUGUUUUUCUUGUGGCGGAAAGUUGGAAGAAACCGGUGUUUCAUUUGGAUAUAUACACAACAGUAUAAGGCUCAACCAAGAUGAAAUCUCGCGGUUGCGCGAUUCAGAUAUGAUAACCUUGCAACGCCAGCGGAAGUUGUGUUUGGUUCUUGAUUUAGACCACACAUUGCUUAACACAACCAUACUUACUAACCUGAGAGAAGAGGAGGAAUACUUGAAAAGCCACACGCACUCUCUUCAAGAUGUUUCUAGUGGCAGUCUAUUUAUGCUGGAAUUUAUGCACAUGAUGACCAAAUUGAGGCCGUUUGUUCAUUCAUUUCUAAAAGAAGCAAGCGAGAUGUUUGAAUUGUAUAUAUACACAAUGGGAGAUGGGCGAUACGCACAACAGAUGGCCAAGCUGUUGGACCCCAAACGAGAAUACUUUGGUGAUCGGAUCAUUUCGCGGGACGACAGCACCGUGAAAGAUCAAAAGAGUCUAGACGUCGUGCUGGGACAAGAAAGUUCUGUUCUGAUUCUUGACGAUUCAGAACAUGUGUGGCCAAAUCAUAAGGACAACCUGAUUGUGAUAGAGAGAUAUCACUUUUUUGCUUCAAGCUGCAAAGAUUUUGAGCACAAAUACCAGUCUCUAUCACAGCUGAAGAGCGAUGAGAGUGAACCGGAUGGAACACUUGCGACUGUUCUUAGAGUCCUUAAACAAACACAUCGUCUUUUCUUUGAGGAUGGAGUAGAAGAAACAUCCGGCAAAGACGUCAGGUCAAUAUUGAAACAAGUCCGGAAAGAAAUCCUUAAAGGAUGUAAAGAUAGUGUUCAGUCGGGUGUUCCCGACCCAUUCUAA